AUGGAUACUAACAAGAGAUACAGAGGAAUAAUUGCACCAUUGGACACAGUAAAAAUAAGGCUACAACUUCAAAUCCAAGGAUAUAGUACGUACAAAGGAGCAAGCAAAACUUUUAUUAGUAUUUGUAAAAAUGAAGGUGUCAAGGCAUUGUGGAAGGGAAAUGUCCCUGCAGAAAUAUUGUACAUAUUGUAUGGAGCUAUACAAUUUACUUCUUAUUCAGCUUUGAGUAAAGCAUUGUCCGAGUUUGAAAAGAAUAAUAGUAAACUUUUCACUAUAAGUAACUCUACGCAUUCAUUAAUCGCUGGAUCUGGCUCUGGACUAGCAAGCACAUUCUUCACUUAUCCGUUUGAUCUAUUGAGAACAAGACUCGCUGCCAAUUCAGAAGCCCAUUUCUUGUCCAUGCUGUCCACCAUGAAACUGAUUUACGAAAUGCACGGUUUUCGAGGGUUUUGUAAAGGCUUAACCCCAGGUUUACUUUCUGUAGCAUCGUCCACUGGCCUUAUGUUCUGGUCAUAUGAACUAGCUCGUGAAUUCACAAAUAAUUAUAAGGACGUUAUCCCAUUUUUAGAAGGUUUCUGUGGUUUUGUUGCUGGUGCCACAGCAAAGGGACUAACCUUUCCACUCGAUACGUUAAGGAAAAGAAUCCAAAUGUUAUCAAAAACUUGUGAUAUAGAUCAGAACUCGAUUAAGGCAAUUGGUUUAUGUAAAACAAUACUAAAGAAUGAAGGGAUUUUUGGGUUUUAUAAGGGUUUUGGCAUCAGUAUUUUGAAAAGUGCUCCUACUAGUGCAAUUUCACUUUUCACUUAUGAAUAUUCGCUUAGUGCUAUUAAAGAACUUACAAGUAAUAAGAAAAAACUAUAA